UUGAAAUGAUUACUUUAACAAUUAUUAUACUACAAUCAUCUUUCAUUAAUCUUUUGCCUACUAAAUCAGAUAUUCCCGAUUUGUGCUAUUGCACAGGUUGCUUUGUUAAAGACGCAUGCCAUCUUAUAGAGCAAAAAGGUGCAUUUACUAAGUCUUUACCGAAAUUAUUUAAAGAAAAACAACAUGGUGUUAGACUAAAGAAAGUUAAUAGAAAUGAUAAUGGUAACUGUGCAAGUUACAGAAUUGCUUUAAUUACAUCGUAUUUACUAGAAUUUGAAGAACCUGGCGGUAAUCAAGAUUGUCACAAUGAUACGUGUACACAAUGCUAUCAAAAUCUUAAGAAUCUUAAAUUCUGGAACCAGCUCAGCAACAGUAUAUGUGAGCAAAAAUUUGAAAAUCAAGUUAAUUCUUUCGAAACGCUAUUGAAUGUGUUUAAGGAAAUUUUAUUGAAUGGCAAUAAUUAUCAGAUUCGUAAAUGCAGUGGUAGAUGUCCUCUGAAUUAUGUAUUUUGUACAAAAAGAAAGAAAUGUAUAAAGAAUUGGGAAGUAAAAAAGAAAGAAAAGGGGAUUUAUGUUCUUCCACAAAUGUAUUCAAAUAUGAGUUUUAGUCCAACUUGGAUACUAAAUGUUUUAUCCCACAAACCAAUCAUUUUAAUAAAUCAUUUUGACAUCUAUGAUGGGAAUGGCUCAUGGCAGUACAAUAAUGCUAAUAAGUGGCAGAAUUUAUCUUCAAUUCCACAAGAUUUUGGGGUGAAGUUAGAUUCUAAUACUCUAAUGCGUUAUACAAUAUCUUCACCUCAGUAUGGAUUACGUCUUCUUUAUUACACUGUUGACAAUAGCAAAUGCAAAGUAGGCGACAUUGUUCCUUCAACUAAUUUUAAGGAUAUUAAAGUUGCUGCUAUAUUUAUUCAUCCUUCGAUUUUUAAUUCUAGUUUUUCACUUUUAAGCAACAGCAAGGUAUACCAAAUUAAAAAAGAUGAUUAUUGGAAUGAAGGAUUUCAAUUGAAUGAGUUAUUUAAACUGUAUUCACCUUUGAAAGUCAUACCCAAUCCAAUAGCAGAUGAAUACAUCAAAAUUAUACCAUAUUAUCACUUAAACUUGUUUUACCAAUCUCUGGAGACGUUUGAGCUUUUUAGACCCUUUGGUAGAAUUAUUCAAAACAUUCAAAAUUUAGGAAAGUUAGAGGUUGAGGUACAAACAAAACAUGGUUUGCUAUCAUUUGAUUCUCAACAGAUAAAUUACUUUUUAUUGGAUUAUAAUAACUCAAAAAUAGUAUUUCGACCUAGAAAAAAUUUUUAUGGAACUUUAAAUAUUUCCAUUGAAUUUUACAGCUGUUUUUUUUGUGAAAUAAAAGAGCCAAUAAAAUGUGUCAAUUUAGUGAUUAUCGUUAAUCCAGUUAAUGACUCUUCUAUUAAUUCUAGCAAUAUACUUUAUCUUCCGCCAAUUGGUUUUAAUUUAACUGAUGAACCUAAUUAUGGCUUUACUAUUGCUCAACUUGUAGCUCUUUCAAAAGCCUAUGAUGUUGAAAGAGAAACUAAAAUUGGUAUAGCAGUUUUUAAAUUACCUGAAUGCAAGUUUGGUAAAUGGCAGCAUUUAAAAGAUGGAAGAUGGGAAAAUAUUAUUGUAAAUAAUGACCUUGAUAUAUUAAAUGUAAAUCUUUCUAAAAUUUCAUUAGAUACAGUUUUGAAUUUAUUUUACCUGGAUAAUCAUGAGCAGCUUCGUUUUAACUUGAAUGGAGAUUAUUUGUGGAGUGUAGACAGUGCCUAUUAUUUGAGUUUUCUUGGCUUCAGUUUCUGGGACAUGCAAGAUAAUGUUAGUAUUGGAGUUCAAAAUAUAUCUCUGAGAGAAAUUCAGCUUUCAAACUCCUACUUAACUCCCAAACUUGCAAUACAGUUGCGUAGAGGAUGUGACAAUGUGGAGGGUUCUAUGAAGCGCUAUGAUAAAUGUGGUGUCUGUGGCGGGAAUGGGUUUGGAUGCAGUAAUGCAAUCAACUUUGAAAUUAAUUCAGGAAUUGGUUCUAACAAAAUCAAAGACCGAGUGGCUUUAACUGAUAUUAAUGAAUUUAAAGAGAGUUUUAGAAAACUUGUUCUUGAAUCAGCUACACAAGCCCAAGAUGCUAAAAAUGAAAAAGUUAUUACCCAUUCAAUCAGUAAAAUUACUUCUAAUGGUAUUUGUUUUAGUGGUAGCUCUAAGUAUCAAAUAGUUUCAAAAUUAUGUAUGUUAAUUAGACAAGAAAUUAGUAAAGUUGCUUUUAAUAAAUUCAGAAGGCGAAGGUCUGCUACAGUAAACACAAACGGUACUGAUUCCUUAGAAAAGAUUCGAUAUGAUUUGCAAUCUUUUGCAAAUGCAAUAAGCUCAAAUAAUAUAACAAACUCUGCAAUGAAGUUGAAGAAAAACUUUACAGAUAUGACAAUUAAUCUUGUUGUUUCUAUGUGCAAAAGUACAGACUAUGGUCAACCAGCAAUAUCAGCUAAAAGUAAAUUAGUGGAACUUCAAGCUUUAAAAUUAAAUUUUAAUGAAACAAGUAAUGUUGACUGCAUAAAUUGUACUGAGCCAAUAUAUGCAAUAUGGGAAUAUGUCAACAUGGUGAGUCGAAAUCGGAAUUGUAGAUCAGUUGUUUGUUCUGGAUUGUGUAUAGGGUAUACUCAGUUCGCAAGUGAUCUUUAUUCUAAUGAUACUGGUCAAGAUCUUGCUGCAAAUAUUGUUUCAUUUGUUCUAAUAAAUACUUCUAAUUACACAUCUAUUUCAACUGAUUUUUUGAGUACACCUGUGGAAAUCUCUUUACCUCUGACUUCAGAUCUGUGCCAGGAUUGUAUUUAUGAUUGCGUAACCUUUGAUAUCUUGCUUAGUAAUUGGUCAAAUGUGUACUGUUCAAGUAGCCAACAAAUAAAAGUUUUGAAUGGGAUUUUUUACAUACUUUGUAACUGCAAUAAAUUAGGAAUCCAUAGUGCUGUGUUAAAGAAAAAAUUUAGGUCGGAACCAUCAAACUUUGCAAAUGUGCAAAUAAAGUUUUUAAACGAUUAUGCUGCUACAUUAACAAGAGUAUCUAAGGCAUCAUUAGAAAGCUCAUUGAAAAUGUCUAUCAUUGCAGUUAUGCAAAUUGAAUUUUGGAGAAUUCGUAACAUGAGUUGCAGUAAUGGUUCUAUUAUAUCGUCAUUUCAAUUUUUGCCGAGUGACGUGUAUGAGAACUCAGACCCAGUGAUAACUUUUAAUGACGAUUUGCAACGUCUAUCAAACCAUGUUUCAAACGGGGAUCUUCUAGUUAUGCUAAUUGACGGAUUUCAAUUAACUUUGGAUACUACUUACUUUAGUUUUAAUGUAAGUGUUGUUACGAAUGAUAAUUCUGAUGAAGAGCAUCAUCACUCUGAGUUAGGAGUUAUUAUUGCUGGUGGUGUAGUCGGUGGACUUGGGUUUUUUAUUGUAAUAGUAUAUCUUUUUAAGAAAUUCAAAGUAUUUUCUUUGCUGCGAAAUAUUUGAACUAUUUUU